AUGGAUUCAAAGAUGGCAAGACAGAUCUUAGGCCUCUUGGCCAUACUCCUUGUACUCUCCUCAGAAGUGGCAGCCAGGAAUUUAAAAGAGGAUGAGGUUGUAACAGAGAGAAAUGUAGUGGGUGACGCGGAUUUCCUUGCAGGUUUCCCACAACUUGGUGGUGGUUAUGAUUAUGGGCAAGCAGGUGGUGGUGGCCCCCCUACGUAUGGAUUCAGCCUUCAGUCCAGAAAGAUGGGUUCGAAGACGAAGAUAGCAUUGCUUAUCCCAGUUCUACUGGCCAUGCUCCUUUUGAUUUCCCCAAAGGUGGCAAUGGCAGCUAGUCAUUUUGAAGAGGGUGAGACUGUUAAAGAGACAAACGCGGUUAAUGGCAGAUUAAUUGAUGGUUAUAACAUCCCAGACAUUGUUGGUGGCAUUGUUGGAGGCAUUGUUGGUAGCAUCAUUAGUAGAAUACCAGGCAUUGGUGGUGCUGGUGGUAACUUACCUGGCACUGGUGGUGCUGGUGAUAACCUCCCUGUCAUUGGUGGUGCUGGUGGUAACUUCCCUGGUAUUGUUGGUGGUAACAUCCCUGUAGGUGGAGGUGGCAUCUCAGGUAUUGGUGGUAGUGGUUAUCCAGGCCAAGGAGGAUAUAUAGGACGGCAGUAUUGCCCUUAUGACUGUUGUGUUUGGGCACUUCGGGGAGGUUACUGCGCAACUUGCUGCACAAUCUGA